AUGUCCGACUCUGAUUACGAACCUAUAUCUCAGCCCAACAGUACUAUCAAUGGUUUUCCUUCGUUCUGUCAGGUUCAACUGGUCACCAAGGGUCUUGAGAAGAACCCUUUUCCUCGGGAAGACUUCUAUCGACAGUUCUCUGUGACCCCGGAAAGGCAAACACCAGAGAGUCAGCGAACCCCUCAUUGGUCGAUCCCUGAUCCUGACGACUACAGAGAAGCAGCCGAGGGCGCUGAGGAGGCUGCAGAAUCUUUGAAGCGUUUCUACGGCGGGCGCGUGCUUCUGAGGGAAGAUCCAGAUGGGUCCAUGAUCUGUGGACACGAUUCCGCGCAUUGGCGUUCCAAAGCAACAAGCUGGUUGGAUGAGAUACAAAAGUUACAGGAACUGUACGAGAAGCGGAUUGAGCAGGAGCAAAGGGGAGAGGCAGAGAAAGGACACGCACAGGCUCUAUUCUUAAGCCCAAUCCAGUCGCCAUCACCUCCGCAAUCAGAUGGUGUCUUGCUAGCUACUGCUGCCGGAAUCAAGAAACGCAAGCCUACUGCCGCUAGAUCCUUUCAACAGCAUUUCCAAAGCUCCCAACAGGCGAAAGCAUACAUUAGCGGCGAAGGAACAAGAGGUGGAAGAGACAAGUUCGACUCAAGCGUCCUUUGGCACAAGACCACCAAGGCAAAUGACCGAUCCAAUACCAAAGGACAGGCCGCAUCUUGUCACCGAAAGCGCACUAGGGCCGCGAAUCAAUACUUCGAGGGUCUCGAAGACCACCACAAAGAAGACGAGAAGGCAAAAGAAUAUACACUUGAGAGGCCCUCAGGCUCCGCAUGUCCUGCCUUGGACGCUACGAUCAAGAGAUGCAAUAUCAUACCGCGAGACUGGUACAAGAGCAGCUUCGAAGAAGAAGCGUCGCCCAGGUUGAGGGAAAGCCUUUGA